AUGGUGAGCGAGUCCCCGGAGCCCGGCGCGCGUGCGCCCUGGCGGCGGAGCGGCGAGGCGCUGCGCGUGAACGUGGGCGGCGUGCGGCGGCGGCUGAGCGCACGCGCCCUGGCGCGCUUCCCGGGCACGCGGCUGGGCCGCCUGCAGGCGGCGGGGACGGAGGAGCAGGCGCGGCGGCUGUGCGACGACUACGACGCGGCGGCGCGCGAGUUCUACUUCGACCGGCACCCGGGCUUCUUCCUGGGGCUGCUGCACUUCUACCGCACCGGCCGCCUGCACGUGCUCGACGAGCUGUGCGUCUUCGCCUUCGGCCAGGAGGCCGACUACUGGGGCCUGGGCGAGGGCGCGCUGGCCGCCUGCUGCCGCGCACGCUACCUGGAGCGGCGGGUGGCGCGGCCGCGCGACUGGGACGAGGACAGCGACACGCCGAGCAGCGUGGACCCGUGCCCCGACGAGAUCUCCGACGUGCAGCGCGAGCUGGCGCGCUACGGGGCCGCGCGCUGCGGCCGCCUGCGCCGCCGCCUGUGGCUCACCAUGGAGAACCCCGGCUACUCGCUGCCCAGCAAGCUCUUCAGCUGCGUCUCCAUCGGCGUGGUGCUGGCCUCCAUCGCCGCCAUGUGCAUCCACAGCCUGCCCGAGUACCAGGCCCGCGAGGCGGCGGCCGCCGUGGCCGCGGUGGCCGCGGGCCGCGGCGCGGAGGGCGUGCGCGACGACCCGGUGCUGCGGCGCCUCGAGUACUUCUGCAUCGCCUGGUUCAGCUUCGAGGUGUCGUCGCGCCUCCUGCUGGCGCCCAGCACCCGCAACUUCUUCUGCCACCCCCUCAACCUCAUUGACAUCGUGUCGGUGCUGCCCUUCUACCUCACGCUGCUGGCCGGCGUGGCGCUGGGCGACCGGGGCGGCGCGGGCGGCGAGGACCUCGGCGACCUGGGCAAGGUGGUGCAGGUGUUCCGACUGAUGCGCAUCUUCCGCGUGCUCAAGCUGGCGCGCCACUCCACGGGGCUGCGCUCGCUGGGCGCCACGCUCAAGCACAGCUACCGUGAGGUGGGCAUCUUACUGCUAUAUCUGGCAGUGGGGGUGUCCGUGUUUUCCGGCGUGGCCUACACAGCUGAGAAGGAGGAGGACGUGGGCUUUGACACCAUCCCCGCCUGCUGGUGGUGGGGCACGGUGAGCAUGACCACCGUGGGCUAUGGGGAUGUGGUGCCUGUGACCGUGGCUGGCAAGCUGGCAGCCUCAGGCUGCAUCCUUGGGGGCAUCCUGGUGGUGGCGCUCCCCAUCACCAUCAUCUUCAACAAGUUUUCUCACUUCUACCGCCGCCAGAGGGCUCUGGAGGCCGCCGUGCGCAACAGCGACCCCCGGGAGUUUGAGGACUUGCUGAGCAGUGUCGAUGGGGUGUCAGAGGUGUCUCUGGAGACCUCCCGUGAGACCUCCCAGGAGGGAAGGUCUAUAGACCUGGAGGCCCAAGCCCCCAGUGGGCCUCCAGACUCUCAGGUUUAUUAA